UUUAGGUUAGAAUUUCUAACCUACAAAUAAUUAAAGUCAAAUAUAACGAAAUGAGUUCACAAUUAAUUCAAAAUAAAGUAAAAGAAUACGAAUCGUUUAUAGAAGAUGUUUUAAAGAAAGACCUUAAAGAUAUAGAAGUAAAACUAAGUAAAUCUGUUGGUAAACAUGGAGAAUGGGAAGAGUUACAAACCACAAUAGCCCUUUUACGGAGGUUUAAAGAUAGAGAAUUAAAUCUUUUAGUGCCUUUAGAUUGUGGAGUGAGUGUAAACGCGGAAACGGAUGAUUAUAAUAGACUCUUAGUAAAUAUUGGUGCUGGGUGCUUCUUAGAACUUGAUUAUGAUGAAGCUCAUAAAUAUGCUGAUAUACGAUUAAGGAUAGUUAAGAAAGAAAUUGAUCAUUAUAGGGAUUUAGCUGCUAAAGUAAAAGCUAAAAUUAAAAUUACUUUGUUAGCUAUAGAUCAAUUAAGUAAUGGAAGUAUUAAGUAAUGGAAGUAUUAAGUAAUUUAUCUUCAAAUACUUUGCUAUUUUUGUAAAUAAAUAACAUAAUAAGUUUA